AUGGUUUUUACACCAUUACCUAUUGCCUAUUGCUAUUGCCAAGUAUAGGAUCAUGAAGAUGCCAAUCUUAUCUCGAGCUGAAUAAACGCCGAUGGCGUGUCAGUGUCCAUUGUCUAGUGUCCAGCAAUACCCACUGAGUCCACUCAGAGUCCAGUCCACUCGAUCUCCCCCCUGCCAAUCAAUCCACGAUCCAUUAAUCGCCAUCGCUCAACCGAGGCUUGUCAUUUUACCCGAUCAAGGCUCGGAGAACGGACCACGGCCGGCUCCUUUCUUCAAAUGUCGACAUGGAUGUCGUGCUAGCAGGCCCUUGCUGGCUACGUGCAGAUGCAACGCCAGACUGAUCCUUUCCUUGUUUGUCCUUGUUUUCCGCAACUGCAGACCAGGUCGACUCGCUCGACCCCUCUCUUCUGCCAGCUUAUCACUCUCCUCCAUGAUUACCGUCGGAGGCCCGUCAACGACAGCUCUGCAGAGUAUCGCAACGCGCAGGAUAGACAGACCGACAGGGAUGGCGUCAGGGAGCAUUGCAGGGAGCAUUGCAGGGAGCAGUGCAGGGAGCAGUGCAGGAGCAGUGCAGGAGAAGUGCAGGGAGCAGUGCAGACAGGAAGUUAGAGCAGAUGCAUCAAGGCUCACCGACGUUGUCCGACGGAUGACACAAUGCUCUGCCAGGAACAGCUGCAGGAAUGAGCCUGGCAGUCGAGGGCCUGUCUAUCACCAGGCACAUGUGUUCUCGCUAGCUGGACCUGCAGAUCGACAACGCUAAUCGAGGAUAGAGACGGAGAUGGAGCCGAUACUACAUACUUUCAUGGCCUGUUGAACGGCCUCGCGACGGACUUGCGGAUAGUGUUUUUGCGUGAUAUGCCAUCAGAAGAUAUAAAU